AUGCAACUGCCGGUUCUCGGCUGCACUUUCCUCACGCUGUCAGAGUGUGAGGAAAGUACUGCCGAGAACCGGCAGUUGUCAGAGUAGGGAUCGGCACCGAUCAUCAGGGCACUGAUGAUCAGUGCCCUGAUGAUCGGUGCCAGCAGUGCCAUCCACCAGUUCCACCCACUGGUGCCCAGCAGUGCCGCCCACCUGUGCCCAGCAGUGCCACCCACCUGUGCCCAGCAUACCACCCAGAAGUGCUGCCAGUCAGUGCCCAGCAGUUGCGCCAGUCAGUGCCGCCUAUCAGUGCUGACUAUCAGUACCUAUCAUCAGUGCCAGCUCAUCAGUGCCACCUAUCAGUGCCACCUAUCCGUGCCAAUCAGUGCUGCCUAUUAGUGCCCAUCAUUGCUACCUAUCAGUGCCUCCUAUCAGUGCCUCCUAUCAGUGCCCAUCAGUG